CUCUCCUUUUCUCUCUCUCUCUCUCUCUCAGUCUCUCUCGCACACGCAGAUCCCAGUGUCCUGCACACCUCGCCGCCCGCAACCAUGGCGGGCCCCGGCGGCGACCUAGAGCUUCUCCUCUCCUUGGGAGAGGCGGUCCCCGAUAUCCCUCCCUCCUCCCCGAGCCCCACCGACGGCUCCGACGGCGCCAUCACCCCGCCAAGGACGGCGCGCCCCGGCUGCACAGACAUGUCCGUCUUCCGCGACGCCGUCAAGGACUAUCUUGAGGCCGCCCCUGCAGCUACUUCCCCGCUCCCCAAGCUCCCCAAGCGGCCCAAACCCUCCGAAACCCUCGUCGACAAGUACUCCGGCCUCAGCAUCAAGCACCUGGCGCUCUCGCCUGCCGAGAUCGGCAACCGCUUCGCCGACAUCCGAUUCGUGCGCAUAUCCGCGAUAAAGAACUUGGCGAGGAGCGACAGGUUCUCCGGCUGCUGGGCGACGGCGGGGGUGGUGCUGGACAAGGGCGUGCCACGGGUGAGCGCGCAGGGGAACGCCUACAGCAUUUGGAAGAUGGGCGCGCUGGACAAGGCCGAGGCGUCGGUGUUCCUGUUCGGUGACGCGCACGCCCACUACUCUGGCGCGGCUGUUGGCUCGGUGUUCGCGCUGUUCAAUGGCAACGUCCGCAUGGACAAUGGGGGCAGCGGGUUCUCUGUGAGUGUUGCUUCCGUGGGGCAGAUGAUGAAGAUGGGAGUCGCCGCGGACUUCGGUCUCUGCAAAGGGAAGAGGAAAGAUGGGAUGGCUUGCACCAUGGUGAUAAAUAAGAGUAAAGGAUCAUACUGCAAAUUCCAUUCAUCGAAAACAUCACUGAAGUACACUACUGGAAGAGUGGAGCUAAAGGGUGGAAACUUCCAAUUUGCUUCCAAGCUUCGGUCUGAAGGGAUUUACAUCGUCAAUCCUUCCUCAGAGCGUCCCAAUCCAAGAAAGCCAUUCCAACCGGUAAAAGUAAUGUCAAUAGAUGGCCUAAAAAGGGCUUUAAGCAAUGCAGAUAGAGUGACAACUAAGAACCAGUCUCAGGGUAUAAGAUUUCUUUCCCAUGUUACAGCUAGUAUGGGUAAUAUGAAGCCAAGUGUCCCAAGCAAUGGUUCUAUGAACCAACAGAAAUCGAAGUUCAGCUUAAACAAGAGUUCGGCAUCAUCUGGCGCCAAAGCACUACCCAAGCAGGGAUUGCGGAAACCAGAGCAAGAUAUCAAGAGACGAAAGGUGAAUAAUCCUCCAGAGAAUACAGUUGAGCUUGAUGCAGUCAGCUCAGACGAUGAUGAGAUUAAUAUAGUACUGCGACGCUGAUGGUCGAGUGAUGUACUGUGUGUACCCCACUGGUUGUGAAUGUACUCCAAAUCGCGUAAACAAGGGUGUAUUUGAAGGCCCUUGUUUUCAAUACCUUUCACCAUGUAUUUAGGAUAGUUUUGUGGCCAACCAGGCAACCAACCCUUUGCCACAUGCUGUACCGGAGGAUAGACAAAAUUAUCAGAUAACCAU